AUGUCCGCCAACAAUCACCCCAAUGGCGACUCUCCAGCCCGACCGGCGCACAAGUCCUCGGACAAGCUGAACCAUGCAGCAACCGUGUCUGGCCCCUCCAUCCACGAUGCGUCGUCGCUCUCCGACGUCUGCGCCGCCCUGGCUGCGCUGCACACCCGCGAGACCUCCAUAACGACUCGGUUAAACACCUUACUCUCGUCGCAAGCAGAUCUCUCCCGCGAACUAGGCCGACUCGAUCUUCUACGCGCGAAUCUCGGGUCCCAAGUCAUUGCAACAAGGUCCAUUAGCAAUGGCAUGCUAUCUUCGGCAGCAGACACUGCCGGACGGCUCUCCAACCGGGUGAAAGAGCUGGACUUGGAAAAGGACAGGGUACAGCAGACGCUGAAGGUCGUUGAGCAGGUGGCUGAGCUGAAAGCGUGUGUUCAUGGAGUCGUGGGCAGCAUGGGCGCACCCCAGGAUUGGGAAGCCGCCGCCGGUUAUAUCUCUCGCGCAAGCAAGGUCCCGGAGCCCAUAAUAUGUGGCGGCUUUGCGGCAGCCAUCGUGCCGAGUGUGGAGGUGCCUGACGCUCCUUGGGUGACACUGGAGAAUUCCAAGGAAAGCUUGUGUGGGCUGUUUCUACGCGAGUUUGAAAAGGCAGCCGCGGAAGGCGAUGGGGCCAAGGUGACGAGGUUCUUCAAGCUAUUCCCGCUCAUAGGAAGGGGCGACGUUGGAUUAGAUGUCUAUGGCCGAUACGUUUGCCAAGGAGUAGCCGGCACAGCCAGAGCAACUCUCAAAGAACUCCCCGGCGGUCCGGGGAGAAAGGACGGGUUUUUCUAUGCUACUGCGCUUACGAAGCUGUUUGAGCAUAUUGCCCAGAUUGUCGAAGGUCAUGGCGGGCUCGUCGAGAGGCAUUACGGCGAGGGAAAGAUGGUCAGGGUCAUUGAGAGGCUCCAAAUGGAAGCCGAUGUGCAGGGUGGUAUAAUAUUGGACUCGUGGAGUGAUGACAGAGGUGUCGGAAGGAAGCUCACAGAGGCGAAAAGUUACCCCUUUUCUUUCCUGGUGCAGAGCUUCCUGCCCCAGCAGAGGACACUCACUGGGACUCCUCGCAUAAAUUCGCCCGCGUUAGGUGGUGGGACCAGCGCUCGGAAUAGCGAGGAUGAAGGUGUCAACAUGAAGGAAGUAGACGGGCUUCUUAGCGAGAUCUCCGUCAUGCUUGGUCGGUGGUCAUUAUACUCAAAAUUUCUUGCUGGGAAAUGCAAGGACCCUAAUACCCCUGAGGACGUCAGCCUGUCAAUACCGGGAGUUCUCACUAAUUCGAACAUGAGAAGAAAAAUCUCUGCCAAGCUCACGGAACCUUACAACCUCAUGUCGACCUUUUUCUUCCGGAGGUCCGUCGAGAAGGCAUUCCAACUCGAAGAAACGCCUUCAGGGCUGUCUCUAAACCCCAACAGGCUGAUUGACGGCAAUGCACCUUACAUCAUCUCUGCUGUUGACGAUGUCAUGUACAUUGUCAGCGCGGUUGUUCAGAAGUCUUUAUCUACAUCACAGCGAGAUGUGGUGGCCUCAGUCAUUCCAACAGUCGGGAGGGUACUAGGUUCAGACUUUAUUGGUAUGAUUCAGCGGAAGAUGCGCGAUGAAUCGUAUCCGAAUCCCGUCAUACAGGGCGGCUUUCCACCAGAGGACAAGAUCAUAGCAUUCAUUGUGCUGAUCAACAGUCUCGAUGUAUCAAACGACUACCUGGCACGCGUCAUAGCCACCCGCCUUGGAACGUCACCAGAACAGCCCAAUGGAGUAUCUCACUCCAAUCCGCUUGUCGCCUCGUUCCCCUUUGAGCAUGAUGUCACAUUCGUGACCUCGAGCUUGAAGACCCUAAACUCUUCAUUCUCCGCAAAGACAACCGAGCUUCUGUCAGAAGGCCUGCAGGUGCUGUUCCAGAAAGUUGUCAAGCUACGAUUACGACCUGUUAUCGCCGAUACCUUCCGCGAUGCGGAUUAUUGGCGAACAGAGGAGGAGCUGGCCGAGAUUGCUCAGCAGAUUGAUGAAGACGAAGAAGAAAUGUUGGAUCGGGUCCAACGGCGUUUCGAGCAGGGUUGGGACGCGCUGAUGAAACCAAUAGCACGACUUAUGACGCCCAAGACUUUCGCCAUGCUGAUGGAUAUCACGGCCGCGCAUCUCUCUCGUCAAAUACUCGAGAAACGCAUAUGGAGUUACACCGGGAAGACGAAUGCAUACGGAGCUAUACGGAUGGAAAGGGACUUUUCUGGUAUCAUCAGCACGGUUGCGAGAGGCAACUAUAGUGUGCGGGAACUGUUUGCGAGAGUCUCGCAGAUCCUCAUGAUCGCCAACAUGGAAGAGGAAGAGUGGGAAGAACUAGGCGAGGGAGGCGAAGAGGAUGGCAUUCAAUGGGUGCUGAGUGAGGAUGAAAGACGCCGUGCCAGGAAUCUGAUCAGGGAAUGA